CUUCGCUGAGCAUUUCAAACGUGUUGCUCAAAAAUGGAAUACAUACGUAUAUAUAGAACAAAGAUUGCUUAUAGGAAUCUUGUUUGAUGCACUUGAAGAACUGUUCUACAGCUUUAACACUCUUAAUACUUAUGGUUAGUGGUACCUGUUAGUCUGUUACGUACGGACCGCCGGGACCGGUACGAGCAGAAUUGUAGACAGAAAGUAUUCCGUACUCACAAUAUUAUAUUUUGUACAACCCGUGUGAUUAUUUUCACAAGACGCACGGUCAAAUCAAUAAUUUUGACAUUGCGUAUACCGUCGUAAAGGAAUUAGUACCGAAGCGGCUACAUAAAAGAAAGUUGUUGGUAUUGCUGCUUUUUUGACUGAUCCGGGCGAUCGCGUUUCAGUCAACAGCUCAAAACGCGUUUCAGGUAAAAAGUGGACUACAUACAGGUCAGCAGACUGUUGCUUCGGCAUUUAUGAAAUAAACCAAUUGCAUUCUUGAUCUGCACGAAAUUUUAUUAUUUCCCUUGCAUCUAUAUAAUUAAUAUACAACGUAUCUUUCCGCAGACCAUAUUUCGUAACUGUAACCUUUUAACUGUUAACCGGAAAUGGCGUCAUCGUCGAAGUCAGCUGACGCUGCAGCAACCUCGGGCACUAAAGGCGGAAAACUGAUUGCCGUUAUUGCGGAUGAAGAUGCUGUGGUGGGAUUUGUCCUGGGAGGAAUCGGGGAGCUGAACAAGCAGCGCCAGCCGAAUUAUUUUAUUGUGAAUAAUGAAACACUGACCAGCGACAUUGAGGAGGCUUUUAAGACGUUCACUAAGCGGGAUGAUAUUGGAAUUAUCCUCAUCAGCCAGGGUAUAGCCGAGAAAAUUCGUUAUGCCAUUGACAGCUACCGGCAAACCAUCCCAACAGUGCUAGAAAUUCCCUCUAAAGACCAUCCGUAUGACCCUUCGAAAGAUUCCAUACUGCGUCGGGCGAAGGUAUCCAGCAGCACCGAUGAAUGGAAAUAAAAAAUCACACAAAGCGACCUAAUGGUAAAUGUCGCAGCUGAGGUUUUACAGGUUUUUGAGUUGAAUUUACUACUUUUGCAUCGACGAUAUAUAUACUGUAUACAUAUAGAGAUAUACUAUCUGGCAAGUGAUUUAAUUUGUUUACAUUUACUUAGUACCAUUCGAAUUAAAAUUGUCAGAAUUGCCUGAAUUUGCCACCCAACGAUCGUGGAUCGAGUUCAUAAUUACGAUGUGUUGUACCGUAAAAAGUUCCAGAUAUGCC